AUGGCCUCGGUAAUCGCAAGCUACUCGUCCUACGAGUUUAUGCGAGUCAGCUCGCCCGCCACCCACGUGGCACACGUGGAGAUGAACCGGCCUCUGAAGCUGAACGCCUUUUCGCGCGCCGUGUGGCUCGAGUUUGGCCGCGUGUUCCGCCAGCUCAGCGAGGAUGCGGACGUGAGGGCGGUUGUGCUGAGCGGCGCCGGGGACCGGGCCUUUACGGCUGGCUUGGACGUGUCGGCUGCGAGUUCCGAGGGGCCGCUGAGCGGGCAGGGCGGGGGGUCGGAUCCGGCGAGGAGGGCCAAGGCGUUGCGGGGACAUAUCGGGGAGUUUCAGGAGUGCAUCUCGGAGAUGGAGAGGUGCGAGAAGCCCGUCAUCUGCGUGAUGCACGGGAUAGCGCUGGGGCUGGCCAUCGACAUUGCGUGCUGCGCGGACGUGCGCCUGGCGGCCAGGGACACGCGCUUCGCGGUCAAGGAGGUGGACAUUGGGCUGGCGGCGGACAUUGGCACGCUGGCGCGGCUGCCCAAGAUUGUCGGGUCGGCGUCGUGGGUCAAGGAGGUGUGCAUGACGGCGCGGGACUUUUCGGCCCAGGAGGCGCUGCAGGUCGGCUUCGUGAGCCGGGUGCACGAGGACAAGGCGGGCGCGGUGGCGGCGGCGCUGGGCAUGGCGGCGCGGCUGGCGGAGAAGAGCCCCGUCGCCGUGCAGGGCACCAAGGAGCUGCUCGGCUGGGGGAGGGACCGCAGCACGGCCGAGGCGCUGCGCUACACGGCCGUGUGGAACUCGGUCGCCCUGCAGGCGGGCGACCUGCCGGCCGCGCUGGCGAGCGUGUUUACCAAGAAGACGCCGACGUUUGAGAAGCUGUAG